CGCAUGCGCUGUUCCACAUACCGUCAGCUAUCUGUAAUAACCGUGUUAGCAUUCUGAAGACAGGAAAAGUAGAGAUUUGCGCAAAUAUCGCGGGGUGAAAUGUUUCGUCGGAAACUAACAGCUCUAGAUUAUCAUGACCCAAACGGAUUUGACUGUUCAGAUGAAACACAGUACAGGAACUGCAUUGUGUGGCUGGAGGACCAGAAGAUUCGUCAUUAUAAGAUAGAGGACAGAGGCAACCUAAGGAACAUCCCCAGCUCAGACUGGCCCAAAGCCUAUCAGAUGUACCUGCAGGAUUUGAACUGUCCGUUUGGAGUUCAGGAGAAACACGAGGCUGUAGACUGGUUACUGGGCCUGGCAGUGCGCUAUGAAUAUGGAGAUAAUGUGGAAAAGUAUAAGAACUGCCAGCCGCUGGCAGCCUCUGGAAACAGCGAUAAGGUGGUGGACCCGCUCAUCAACCUCGAUGGUAAUUCUCCAGAUUUUAAAGCAGGCGUUACAGCUCUGGCCAACAUCCUAAAGAUACAACGGCAUGAUGAUUACCUGGUCAUGCUCAAGGCCAUUCGUAUUCUGAUCCAAGAGAGACUUUCUCCAGAAGCCAUUACUAAAGCCAGCCAGAACAAAGAGGGUGUUCCAGUAGCCUUAGACAAGCACAUCUUGGGUUUCGACACUGGAGAUGCCACUCUGAACGAAGCUGCUCAGAUCCUCCGACUGCUGCACAUCGAGGAGCUGAGGGACCUGCAGACCAAGAUCAACGAGGCCAUCGUCGCCGUUCAGGCCAUCAUCGCUGACCCCAAGACAGACCACAAGCUGGGCAAGGUCGGCAGAUGAGAGCGAGGAGGAAGAAAGGGACUGAACCACAGGAGAUUUUAAUUUCACCCUCAAAGAAAAGGCCUUUUUCUUUUGUUGAAGUUGUUUGAAGGACAUGAGUUUGCAGGUGUUGCAUGAGAUGGAGCAGGUUUGAGUCCAGGUAUCAGAUGCCAACAGCCGUUUUUGUAGAAGAUGGUUAAUAAUAAUAUGAAUGAGGCUGAAUCUUGUCAAGCUCCUGUGAUAUUCAACUAAAGGCUGUAUUUGUUUUCAGAUAUUUUCUGUUCCUGCUGGUGGAAUAAAUUAUUAUUUGAG